GUGUACACGCUGAGCAAAAGAAUUAAUUUCUGCAGUAUGUUCAUUGCUUACUUUUCUCCUGGAAUGCAUGAUGAAUUUCUAUGGAGGGUAGUGGAGGAAGGGAAGAACCACAUUCAAGUGAAACCCAACAUCAUUCUCCUCUGCAGUGUCAUUUCAAAAGCCAGAUAAAAGCCAAAUGAGGAGGCUGGGAAAAGAGUGAACAACGUAGCUGUUCUGAAAACCACCCUCCAUUUCAUUCUGGAGCAGGGAGGUUACACCCAGACAUCACAAAAGCUUCUCUCUUCACGGAAAAUUAACUGUUAAUCACAGAUAGAUUAACCAGAAAACUCAGGGCAGCAAUUGAAAUAAAGGCAUAAUCUCCAAAAGUUAUAGUCUUACAAGCCUUAAAGAGGGUAAAUAGCUUCCACCAGUUCAUUCAACGUUCCUCCCAUGAUGUCAUUUUAAGCUUUCUCCCCAUCCUGUUCGCUCUCUUCUGGACGUGCUCCAGUUCAUCAUUGUUCAUCACAAGCUGUAACUCCCGGAAAAGAACUUAGUACCCCAAGGUGCACUGUGACCAGCUCAAACAGAGUUGGACCAACACUCCCCCAAUUGUAUUAAACAGCCAAGGGCAAAUUCAGCCAAGGGCAAAUUCACCCAAGGAGAAAGCUUUUAUCUGGGCAGAAAUUUAGCAAGUCUAAGUGUUAGAAGAGGUCACCAAAGGGCACCGAUCUCAGUUCCUUUGAUGAAUGUUGCUCAUCCCGUAGAAAUGUAGGUGAAGGUGGUUGAUUGGGACAUCUGGGCGUGUCACAUCAGCUCUCUUCUCGUGGAUGGUGAAAAAGCACCAAAUAAGCCAUUAGUCCUUAUUAUGUACCUCUUUAAUGUAGGCUUACCAAAUCCAUUUUAGGGAAAUAAUUCAGGGCCUGUAACUGCUGCCUAAGCACAUUAGAGCUGGGAAAACCUGUCGGAGAAGAUGAUCCGCUUUGUGCUAUAACUGGCAUGAAGUUCAAUGCAGGUGUUGCUUAACAAACGAAUUCUGAAGUGAAAGGAGAUGGGUAACUUCUAAAGAGUAUUCUGGACACUGCCUUUCAGUCCCAUUUCCCAGAUUUUUUCUUUCUGCACUUAGCAAGGUCAUGGAAGAUCUAGAGGAAACAUUAUUUGAAGAACUUGAGAACUACUCCUAUGUCCUGGAAUAUUACUCCCCAGAGACUGAUUUGGAGGAGAAUGCACACCUGGGGAUCGUUCACUGGGUCUCCCUGGUGUUAUACUGUUUAGCAUUUGUUCUGGGCAUUCCAGGAAAUGCCAUCGUCAUUUGGUUCACGGGAUUCAAGUGGAAGAAGACAGUCACCACUCUCUGGUUCCUCAAUCUGGCCAUUGCAGAUUUCAUUUUUCUUCUCUUCCUGCCCCUGUACAUCUCUUACGUGGCCAUGAAUUUCCACUGGCCCUUUGGCAUCUGGUUGUGCAAGGCCAAUUCCUUCAUUGCCCAGUUGAACAUGUUUGCCAGUGUUUUUUUCCUGACAGUGAUCAGCCUGGACCGCUAUAUCUACUUGAUCCAUCCUGUCUUAUCUCAUCGGCACCGGACCCUAAGGAACUCUCUGAUUGUUAUUAUAUUCGUUUGGCUUUUGGCUUCACUCAUAGGUGGUCCAGCCCUAUUCUUCCGGGACACUCUGGAGUUCAAUAACCACACUCUUUGCUAUAACAAUUUCCACAAGCAUGAUCCUGACCUCACGUUGAUGAGACACCACCUUCUGACCUGGCUGAAAUUUAUUAUUGGGUACCUCUUCCCUUUGCUAACAAUGAGCAUUUGCUACUUGUGUCUCAUCUUCAAGGUGAAGAAGCGAAGCAUCCUGAUCUCCAGUAAGCAUUUCUGGACCAUCCUGGCAGUGGUCGUGGCCUUUUUGAUUUGCUGGACCCCUUAUCAUCUGUUUAGCAUUUGGGAACUCACGAUUCACCACAAUAGCUAUUUCCACCAAGUGCUGGAGGCCGGAAUCCCCCUCUCCACUGGCUUGGCAUUCCUCAAUAGUUGCUUGAACCCCAUCCUUUAUGUCUUAAUUAGUAAGAAGUUCCAAGCACGCUUUCGCGCCUCCGUUGCUGAGAUACUGAAAUAUACGCUGUGGCACAGUGAGCGAACAGCUCAAGAACUCUGAAGCCAAGAAUCCGUGUCUCCUGGAAACAGCCCAGUGAAUUCUUCCUCUUCCAGAAAUCAGUGUCCAGCUUUUGUGUGGAUCCCCUGACAGAUGCUUUCAGAUUAUUUGGCUCCAAGAUAUAAAGCUCACUAUAUCUUUUUAUUGUUUUUGGUCAUUUUAUCGGCAUUGCAUUUUUCUGUGGAUAUAAGACAUAAGAAGGAUCUUCAGUUUUUUUUUUCUGCAGCUUAUCUGGGCUAUUCUUGCUAAAUAUAACACAGUGGAUUAAUCAACACUAUUAUUUUUUUCAAUUUUAAUGACUUUUUUUUUACAUUUUUUAUUGAGUUAUAGUCAUUUUACAAUGUUGUGUUAAAUUCCAGUGUAGAGCACAAUUUUUCAGUUAUACAUGAACAUACAUAUAUUCAUUGUUUAAUGACUUUUUAAAAAGACUAAUUUUGAAAAUAUAAAAAUAAUCUGUGCUUAAGCUCACUUUAAUUUUGCACCAGGAACCUGUUAGACCUAUCCUUAAAAUGUGACAUAUGUACUUAAUUUCUUUAUUUCAUGUAAUCUGUGUAUGAGCAUGUAUGAAUUAGAGUAAUAGUUGGCUAUAGUAGUUUAAAAUUGUUCCAGUUAACAAUGAAUGCUUAGUAAGCUGCCCCCAAAUGGAGUUGCUUAAAAUAACACUUUAUUAUUAUAAUAUCUUACAAUUCUAGGGAUCAGGAAUUUAAAUAAGGCACAGAAGGGAGGUUCGCCUCCCUACUUCACAGUAUGUGGAGCCUCAGCUGGACUGGGAUGACCCAACUGGCUGAAGUCUGGAACAGCUGGGGACUAGCUGAGAUGCUCUCUUCCCUUCCCCCUCUUCUCCUCCCCUUCACUCUCCCCACUCCUUUCCCUCCUCUGCCUUCUCCUUCUCUUGGGUAUUCUGGCAUGGCACCUCAGGGUAGCCAGACUUCUUAUGCGUCAAUUUAGGGCUCUAAGUGCCCAAGAUGGAAAUUUUUACUCCCCUUAAGGGCUCUGCCAGACACUGGCACAAUGUCACUUCCACUGUACAGCAUUGGUCAAAGCAGUCCCAGGCCAGCUCAGAUUCAAGGGAAUGGGAUGUAGACCCUACCUCUCAGUGGGGAUAUAUGUCCAUCUUUCAUCCCCCAUGAUAUCAUUUUAAAUAUGAACAUUUUUGGAAAAUUCUGGGUUUGUGCAAAUAUGUAUAAAGUUGCUAUAAACAUGAAACACUGACAUCCAGAUAAUAGAUAGGCAGCCCAAUAUCAGAAUGAUUUCAGAAACAGAAAGUGUGUAUGACCUACUGAUAAUUUCCACCUUCUAUUUCUGUAACUAUAUUUAUAUAGACACCAGUGUAAGACCAAUAAAACAUACCCGUAAGUCAGUGACCUCUUCAUUGCGUAAAUCGUUUGCAUUUUAGACUGAACCAGUAUUUUGACUUCUAUUCAUUUAUCCUUUUUGUAAACAGAUGACGAAGAGUUACGCAGAACCAUAGUAGAUCAAUACUGUGAGGGAUGCUAAGAUGCAUAAGGUACUUAGAUUUUAGAAAGUGAGAUUAAACCUGCAUAAGAACAAUCCUAAAAUAAGGUAGUUGGUCUUAAGUACCAUAAGGGAGCCGAGAAAAGUCCAGAUUGUUCAGAGAGGAAAGAGAUGACCUUCAGUGUGGAGGUGAAGAAACAAUGGAAACCUUUCCUUGCCAUUGGGGUUUCCUAAACAUCCUGCUUCUUUUCCAGGCCUCUGCUGGGACCCUUGUCUUUUAUGAAUAUAAACUCUGCUACUCACUACAAUUUUUAAAACUAUUUAAUUUCCUAUAAUUUCUUGAUUUUAUUUUGGAAGUUGUUA